AUAAGAAAAGAAAAAUCAGUGGUUAAGAGUUAUCCGACGAAUUUUAUCUUCCUGCGCGGGCGGGAGAGAUACUGUAGUAUGGCCGCUACCACCGCAACCAGCGGCUGUAAAACCACCACCGCCACCGCCUUCUUCCGCCUUUCGUCCCCCAAACCACCGCCAUCUCAGAAAUUUUCUCCGUUUUCCAAACAACUUAUUUCCUCUUACAGAUGCUCAAUUUCCUCUGUAGCUAUCACCCAAUCCCAUAUCUCUUCGCCGGCGUCGGCGGCGGCGCCGCCCAUUGGUCGGAUGAUCCGGCGUUCUGUUUCUUCGCCUGAAACAAGUGUUGUUGAAGAAGAAAACGCAGAAGAAAGUGGGAACUCUGGCUCUCUUCCUUCACUAACGGGUUGUAAAGCAUGUGGAAGAGAGGAUAUCGAAAGGGGAUGUAAUGGUAAAGGAAGAAUUCAAGGCGGGAUUGCCGUUGUACCUGGCUUUGGUUGGUGGCCGAUAAAAGCUUAUCGGCCUUGCCCUGCUUAUGUGGCAUCUGGCGGCAGGUAUCGACGAAGGGGCCAAAGCAUGGAUGAGGUCAUCUCCGGAAAUGGGGUCAGAGACUCUUGAGAUGGGCCCCGCCAAUCACGGGCCUCGAUCAAAAGCAAGAAGGAGGGGCUUACUAUAAGAUAUUCAAGAGGUGACGAUGAGGUCAUCUUAUCUGCCCCCGUGCUCGAAAACGAGUGAAUGUUGAUGUAAAAUUGUCGGAAAAUAUAUUUGAUUCGUACUUUUACUUGGAACUGUUCGAUUCGUUCUCAUGAAAUAUACGAGCUUGUUUCAAUUAUAGGUUUUUUUUCCGUAAUUACACCUAAUGUCAGGGGGAUGGUUGUAAUUUA